AUGGGCCAAAGGCCAGCACAGCGCAAAGCACGGACUCAGUGUCAGCAUGGGGCUGGUGCUGCCUGCAAUAGUGGGAAUCACCAACGUGAGUUGAAUUUUGGACUUGACAUUGCUAUUGCAGCAGCAGCGGUGGCGGUGGCGGUGGUGCUGACAUUGGGACAGCAGUGUCGGGACAGCGGUGGCAGCAAGAGCUGCAGGACUGGCAGGGGGCAAGACACCAUGGCCCCUGCUCUGCGCCUCUUCCUCCUGCUCCUCCUGGCAGUGGCCCUGACUGCCAGGGCUGCCCAGGCAGCUCCGUGGCAAGCAAAGGCAGCAGAUGAGCAUGAUAGGAAGCAUCCUCAAGCACCCUGGCUUCAUGAAGAUUUCCUACCUCUGGAGCCUCCUGCAGGUGUGCCUGUUGGGAAGACUCUGCAAGGUCCUUUGCUGGUUGCUUUAGGCAAGCCCAGCUCCCCUGUAACAGAUGAGCAUGCUGGGAAAGCUUCUCCAACACCCUGGCAUCAUGAAGAUUUGCUACCUCUGGAGCAUCCUGCAGGUCUGUCUGCAGAGAAGACUGUGCAAGGUCCUUUGCUGGUUGCUUCAGGCAAGCCCAGUUCCCAUCACAGGGGUCCACCAAGAGGGAGGAACAAACCUUCAGAUUCGUUCCUGAAGACAUCCAAAACACUCAAAAAUAUCCUGAGUCAACUAGAGAGACUCCGUGAGCGGCACAGCACAGAGGAAUUGUCCCCUGCAGUCUCAGGGGUUCGGGUACUGAGCAGCCCCGUGCCAAGGGGUGCAAGGUGCCUGCAGGCCCCAGCUGUGCGGGAAACAGAGAACGUCCUGGCCAAAUCCACCGUGCUGCCAGCUCAGCGGUGGAGCACAGCACGGCCUCACACUCCCCUUUGCCCCCACAGAUGCAGUCGGCGUCUCAAAACAUGA